UGGUGAUAACAGCGGGAACGCCAGUCCGAUUGAGUCUGAUCCGGUCUUUUCCCAUCGGUCCACGGAGCGCAGGCCAAGCGGCUACUGUGAUUUCCGUGUGACAAUUCGGCACCGGAAUACAGGUACCUGCAUGGUGUUCGCACUGAUCUCAGCUCGUCUGAGGGGAGCGUAAACACGGGUUGGACACAGCAUUGGAAGCCUGAAAAGGGGUAUCAGGCACUGAUUUGCGGAAAUCGGAUCAUAGCUCACAGUGAGAACAGGGCAACAUCUGCAGAAACGCCACAGCUACCAGCUGGGAUGCUUUGUGGACAGAUGUACGAAGUACAGCAGAAUACAUCGUUGUUUUUCGUUCUCGAGGCUAUUCUUCAAUUAUAAACCCUUCUUACUAUUGGUGGUUCCGCAAGUCAACUGACAGUUACAUUAAGGAAUAAACAGCAGGAACAAAGAUAACAAAGCUGAUUUGUUGAUUUGUUUUCAAGUGAUAAAGAAUGACAAGGAUGAAUAUGAAAGAAAAGAACAAUUCAUGAAUGAAGAAUACAGCAGUGAGAAGGUCAAAAGUACUUUUGAUCUGCCAAGUUGGCUGAGGAAAGAUGCUCUGUUUCAUACGGCUCUUUUACUAACAAAUUAUCAAAGAAAUAAGUACAUUAUCAACGGAAGUUUUUAUGUUUCUAGUCUAAAAAUACAAAAACAUAUUUGACAUCUAUUCAUCGCAGACCAUUGAUUAAAUGGCCUGUUAAUAAUUUAAAGUGACAGCAAGAGAGAUUGAAGAUGACGUCCUCAGUUAUUAACAGCAUGUUCAGCACUGACAAAGAGGGCAACAAACAGGAAAAAAAGAAUAACAAUGAUCAGCCAAUGGGAACAGAUGGAGACAGUAAUGCAAAUCAAAUAGUAUCCCAGAUUCCUACAAUAGAAGAAAAGGAAAAGAUAAAUAAUCUAACAGCUGACAAUAUGAAUGAACAACGUCAGGUGCCACAGAAUAUACUAUUGCCAAAUGAAUUUCUGGAUGUUUCUUUGAAUCAAGAUGGGGCACCUCAAGCAACCGAUGUUCGAGGUGAAAUGGGAAAAAGUACCAACCUGGAGUUUACAGAACAUCAUCUCCCCACCAUAAUUGAAAGUGCAGAACUCAGACAAACCGUAGCAACCAUGCACCAUGAGAAAGCUUGUAGUUCACAGUGUCUUAACAAGGAAAAUUGGGAAUAUGUUCCAGGUGAAGCUACCGGUGUUCCUCAAAUUGAAAAGGAUUGUUAUUCUACAGGAAAGAAUAGUUAUGCAGCUGACGCUGCUGUUGAACUACAGCAGCCAAAAACAGAUGUUGCAGACAAAAUUGAAAAAAAUCAUUUCAAACAUUUGUCAUUUAAGGACUCUUCUUCCACCAAUUCUCUAGAAAAACCUAAUGAAAAGCAGACAUCACCAGAAAGAGUUGUUGGGUGUUUAUCUGAGGAUGUCUCAAUGAUUAGUUGUUGUGCUGAGUCUGUGAAUUUUCAAGAAUUCUGCAUGGAUGUCAAUAGUAUGUAUAAUUCACAGCAUACAACACCCUAUCUGGUCAGAGCCAUGUCUCCAUCUGAUCCACUUGACUUGACCUCAGAUGUAUUUAAUUCUAACAUGCCUACCUCAAAAAAUAUGAAUUCAGUCCUAGAGACCCAAACAAAUGUAGAAAGACAACCUGACUUCAAAAGCAUGAUUCAAUGUGAAAGGAUAGAAUCUGCUGUGUGUUCAGAUGGCGAACUGCUGGUGCCCAUUAAUAAAUUGGAAGUCCAGGUAAACCUAAAUGCAUUAUCCAACCAAUAUAACAUAAAUACUGAUUACAGUUGUCAUUCUGUGAGUAACUGGCAGGAAACAGCUGAAUUUUUGCAGAACGUUCAAAACAAGAGAGAUAUUUUUAAGGGAAAUGGGAGUACAGACCCUUGUGAUGUUAGUCAACAAUCACCUCCAUCGGAAACCGAAGAGGAAAUGCAGCUGAAUGAUCUACAAGACAGCACAACAGGGCAAUACGUUAAGAGCCCUCAAGAACACCUAUUAGAAACUUCUGCCAAAGGCUGCUCAGUAUUUGAAAACACUGCCUCCGUAUUGUUGAGUCAGGUUUGUAAAGAAAGAAAGCAGGCUGAAUAUGGUGCCCAGCAUUUUAUUGGGCCACCUGAAAAACUUGGAAGUUUUUUUUCAAAUGUUAGUAAUGAUUUGACUGGCACAGAUUCUACUAAUUUUGGAGUUACAUGUGAGGCAGAAAACUAUGUUGAAAUUGUUAAGCUACCAUGCACAGGAACUGAUACAUUUUCUAAGCACGAAUUUAACAGCCAUUUUGAUAUCUUUGAAAUCAAUGUGAUUAGAAGUGAAGACACAAAGCACUCUUUAGAGACUGAUGGCAGUCUACUAAAACAUGAAACAGAUCAAGUGAAAAGCAUGACUAAAAUGACAGAAAAGAAAGAUUCUGAUGAGCUGAAAAUCACAGAGUCGGGCAAAUCAAAGCAACAUAUUUCUGAGUCGGGUUCAGUUCUAGAUGUGGCAGCAUUGUUGACAUCAAAAGAUGAAAUUGGUCAGCAUAGCAAUGAAACUUCCACAAGAAAGACAGAAAGACCAAUUCAACAGAAAGUGAAUGAAAUAAAUAGUAAUUUAAUCAUAACUCUGGAAAAUCUGCCACAAAGUGUUUCUGCGGACCAUCGGCCUACUGAAAACCUACUGGUCUCAAUGGGUUCAAAUUCCACUCUUAGUACUUGCCCACAGUUUCAACAGAUGAUAAGUAUGCAAGUUACUGAUCAUGCCCCAAAUUCUGCUUUUGAACAGCUCUCGUUACUACAUGCUGGAAAAUUGCCAGAACCUGUGCCUAUCCCUCUUUCAGGGAAAAUGCAGUCAUUAAAUUCAUUCUCUAAAGUUCUUGAUAAAGCUGUUUAUAAUAGCGGAAUCCCAAAGCCAAUUAUACAGUAUCCCAGGACUGUGCUAACACACAAAGGAGAAGCAGAAAUGAAUGACCAACCCAAGUAUGAAGGGGCAACUGAAGCUAAACUCAUUCCAAAACCCAAAUAUGUAAGACCGAAAAUAAUAACAUAUAUUCGAAAACCAAUUCAGGUGAAACCACUUGAUAUUAUGCACAAUGACAUGGGACUGUCUUCAAAACUUUCAACAUGGUCCGAAUCAAUUGCUAAACCGUCCGUUUUAAAAGAAUUCAAGUCAUGUGAAAAUAAACCUCUCUCAGUGCUCAGUGUUCCUGGUUCUUCUCACGACAGAUAUAAACCAGAAUUACAAAGAACUAAGAUAUAUACAACCGGAUUGAUGGUAUCUGGAAUUAAACCACCUGGUCGGAAAACUUUUCCCAGGAUGAUCCCUACUUCCGGUGAGAUCACAUUAAAGAAAUCUACUGAAACAUGUAUCGAGGAGAGCAUUUCUGAGGGAGAGUCUCCUGCCGCUGGUCUAAUUGAUUCUGAACAGGAUAUGGCUGCAAUUGCUGAAGAGUGCUGGAAUCCUAUACCAAGUUUCUGUAGGUUACCUAUGACUAUCAGGCCUCCAUUAGGUCUGGGAGCUAUCUCAAGACUUUCUGCUGCCAAAAGCAGGAUUGCAUUGCAGAGUCAGAGAAUACCAAUAACUUCCACAGAACUUCAAAUUCAAGGACAAGUUCGCCAAGAAAUUGCAGUGGAACAGAAGAAAAACACAAUACCUAUUGUGCAAAGAUCAAGUCUACCCAAACCUGGGCACUCUGGACUUCGUCCCCCUGGUUACUCUCGAUUGCCGGCAGCUAAGCUUAUGGCUUUUGGAUUUGUCAGAAGUUCAAGUCUGUCAUCCGUAUCAAGCAACCAAUCAAAUGACAGUGGACAGAGCGAUCAUUGCAAAGCAAUAAAUCAUUCGCACAGUGGAAGUGAAGAAAAAAUUAACUCAAAAGCAACCGCUUCAGUAAGUGAUGCUUCCAAUGGGAAGGCUGGCCUGCAGACUCUGGGAAGUACACAAGCAAAUCGGUGGAGUUUGCUCUCUGCACCAAAAACGACCACAGCAGGCACAGCAAUGAAGAAGGAGGUCCAAAAAGACUGUGAUAUUCCAAAGUCAAUUAUUUCAUCACCAAAAAGACUCGUCAUACCUGCCAGCAAGCUUCACUCACCAGGUACGUAAACAUUCUGCAACGCAUCCUUAGACAUUAAAAUGUUAACAGGAUUGUAUGUUAUGUUAUGAUUAUGACUUGAUUUCAGUAUAAUCCUGUUCCCAAGCUCAAGACAAUGCACAUCACAAUUUGUCGUGUUAUCUGUAAACAUACAGUAAUUGCAUGCCUAUCAGGUGCAGUGGUGUUACAUGGGAACAGGUUCAACGAUCUGACUAGUAGAACAGAAAAA